AUGGUAUUCUUUCGUUUCCGGUGCGGUCAAUUCACGCAUUCGGCCAGUUUUUACGCGUCACUUCAUCGGCAAGAAGUGAAUUCCCUCUCGACUUUGCCUCAACCGACUCUCAACCGGUCGAGGUUAUUGCUUUUAUCUACCAAGAAAUGCCACAUUUCCUGCUGCAAACGACUAGCUGACUGCGUCUCGGUCCUCGGCGCCUCGAGUGGGACAGACGUGAUGGCAGGAGUCGAGUGA